ACGACUGAAUCUCACGUGCAGUACGUUUGGAAAUUGGGCCGUAUUAUACCCGCCUGGAUGUAGGUCCCACAAGGAAAAGACGAAGAAGAAGUAUCCGCAUCAUCGAAAUCGAUUUUUAUUAUAAGUGCAGAAGAGCCACAUUUAUUGCCUAUAUGGUUGAAAAAAAUUACUGCAGAUGUUUACGAUAUCUACAUAGCAGCUAGAUAUUUACGAGAGAAAGUACAUCCCACUGAUUAUUUCUUGAUUGUGUCUCUUUUGAUUACUAGAUACAAGUGUUCUUUCUCUUUGAAGAAGAAAAAUCUGAAAUAUUAUAUAAAGAAAAUAUUUUAUACUCUAUGUUAACCUCCAAAUUGAAUAAGAAAGACUAUUAGUAAAAUCUAAACUUUGUGAUUUACACAAUUUCUUAUAAUAUGAAUAAUAAAGGUAGAUCAUUAAAACGCAGAAGUGUAUAUAGAAAAGCAAGCGAAAAAGCAAAUUUGGCUUUUAUUUGUAGUAAUUAUCUGGCAGAAAAUUCUGUUGCCACCAAUUCAAUUAUUGCAGAAAAUCUGAAUUUACAUACUGUACCAUCAACUUCUACUUUGGAUUUACAUGCUGUUGCAUCAACUUCUACUAAUACUUGUACAGACACAUGCAAUGAACAACAUAAUUUACCUAUCAGUGUAUCUGAAAAUGAGUUUUCAUAUAUAUCUGACACUGAAAUAUUUGAUGAAUUGGUAUCAAAUAUUUCCGUUUUAAAUGAUUUAUCUGUAAAUUGUAAUGAACAUAAUAGUUUAAAUAACAAUAUAUAUAAUUUACAUGCUAAAAAUAUUAUUUCAAGAAUAAGGGAAUGGGCAAUGUUACAUAACAUUGAUCAUUUAGCUAUUAACAAUUUACUAAUUACUUUAAAACCAGAUCAUCCUGAGCUUCCGUUAGAUGCUAGGACCUUAUUAAGAACCCCGAGGCAAAUAAAUGUUAAAUAUGUAGAGCCUGGCAUAUAUUAUCAUUUUGGACUAGAGAACUGUAUCAAAAAUCUAUUGUUAAAAACCAAUAAUUGUUUUACUUCGAAUUGUAUAGAGAUUUUAAUCAAUAUUGAUGGUUUACCGAUUGCUAAAAGUACAAGUAGUCAGUUAUAUCCUAUAUUAUGCUGUAUUUUUGCUACUUCAAAUGUUGAAAUUGUUGGGAUAUAUCAUGGAAAUGCAAAACCCAGCAAUGCAAAUGUUUUUUUAACAUAUUUAGUAAAUGACAUAAAUAAUGUUAUAUGUAAUGGUAUAUAUUACAACACAAAAUUAUAUUCAGUAAAAGUGAAAGCAUUUAUUUGCGAUGCACCUGCAAAAUCAUUUAUCACUUAUACUAAGGGUCAUUCAGGGUAUUCUUCAUGUACAAAAUGCUAUGAACGAGGAGCAUUUAUUAAUGAUCGUAUCUGUUUUCCCAAUAUUGAUAACUUGGCUUUGCGUUCUGACAAUGAAUUUCGACGUAAGCAUCAGAAAAGUCAUCAUGUAGGCACUACAAUUUUAGAAUCAAUUUUAGAUUUUGACAUGAUACAUAACUUUCCCUUAGAUUAUAUGCAUCUUAUUUGUCUCGGGGUUGUAAAAAAAUUGCUUAUGUUUUGGGUUCAUGGAAAUCCAUCAACAAAACUGUCAUACAAUCAAAUAUCUAAUAUUUCUAAGUCAUUACUUGAUCUAGCAUGCAAUAUAACAACAGAAUUUAAUCGUAAACCUCGUAGUCUCCAUGAAGUCAAACGGUGGAAGGCAACAGAAUUUCGACAGUUCCUUUUGUAUACAGGCCCCAUAGUUCUUAAAUCUGUUAUUAGUCAUGACAGAUAUUUGAACUUUCUAUCUAUACACAUAGCCACUUCCAUCUUAUGCAAACCAAAUUCUUCUAAAAAGUAUUUAGAUUACGCAAAAUCUCUGAUGCAAUAUUUUGUCAAAACAUUUAUAAUUUUGUAUGGUAAGCAUCAGGUCUCUCACAACGUACAUAAUUUGUUACAUAUUUGUGAUGAUGUUGCUAGAUUUGGAGCAUUAGAUCAGUUUAGUGCAUUUGUAUUUGAAAAUUACUUACAAUCAUUAAAGAAAUUAAUAAGGAAACCCGAAAAACCAUUACAACAAAUAAUUCGUCGUAAAUAUGAAUUAAAUACUGUUUCGUCGGCUGACAAUCUAUUGCAUUCCUUGCCAACUCUUAAAAAACAACAUAACAUGGGACCAAUAAUAAAUAACAUAUCCUUUCUUGCGCAAUAUAAAGAAAUAAUUUUAAAUAAAUUCGUAUUAAAAAUAACCGAACCAGACAAUUGUUGUACCACAGUCAAUAAUAAAAUAAUCAUUUUAAAAAAUAUAAUAUCUACUACUGAUGGCAUAUUAAUAAUAGCUCAAGAAUUUUUAUUGCUUAAAGAUUUUUAUAUAAAACCUUGUAAAUCAUCAUGUUUGGGUAUAUAUGCGGUAAAAAAUUUAGGACCACCUACAUUAUGGCGACUCGAUGAAAUAUGUAACAAAUGUGUUAAAUUAUCUUUCAAAGAUAUACAUGUAAUCAUUCCGUUACUACAUUCAAAAUCUGACGAAUAAUAUUUUUUAGUAUAUAAUGUACAUGUGAUCAAUUACUUCUUACAAAGGUUCUUAAUAAAUAUUGCAAUAAAAUAAUUUGCUUUUCGUUAUCUUUCUUGUAGAGUUUUUUUCAUUUAUUCCGUUAUUUAUUAUUUAUGGAGUACAGUGUAUACUCUUAUACAAUUUGCGAGGACAAUUUGCGAGUAUAUUUGUUACUAAAGAAAAAAUGACGAAAACCUGGACAGUUGUAAGGUUUAAAGAUGAAAAUGUUGUGGAAGCAGUGCCAACAAAUUGGAUUGCUAGUGGCAAAUGUUACUGGCCACCGUAUACAAAAGAAAAGAUUUUAAAAGCGAUAAAAGAUCAUAUUGAUUUUGAUUCGUCAUGGACGAGUUAUGAAGUGUACGUCUUCAAAAAUAGUACUUCGGAAAGUUAUCAAGCUUGUAGACUAAAAGCUAAAAAGGCUGAAGAUACUUCAGAUUUAAGUUCAGAUUAUCAUAAAAAACGAACUAUUAAAAAAAAGAAUCGCAUUUAUGAGAGUGAUAGUUCAGAAUUUGAGUCUGAUACUGAUAAUACAAUGUUACCAUCCCCACCAGAUUUCCAAGAACAUUCUGACACAGAAAUCAAUACAUUGAAAAAGAUUUCUAGAAGAAGUGGAACAGUAAACACAUGUGUUGAAGAGAGUCAAUCGCAGAAAAAUACUUUUUCCAAAAAUAUUUCAUUCGAUAUGCGACAUGAUUCUUUCAAUAAUAAUGAAAGUAGACCAUUACAAAUGUGUAGAACUGGAAAAGAGAACACAAGUGUUAAAGAAACAUAUGAUGAUUGUUCUAAUAACGUACCUGGAUCUUCAAAUAUAAGAGUAUAUACUGCUAAUGAGCAGCAAAAAUAUUCCCAAAAAGAUGUGAAUAUACACAAAUACAAUGCAAGUUCUAGCACAAAUGCAUAUAAACAAAUAUUUACUGAUUCAAAUCUUUGUACAUGCUGUCCUGAACAUAAAAAUUACGGCACGUAUUACAAUGCAUUGAACAUCUUUAAUUAAAUUCUUUUAAUACAUUUUAAUUAAUUGCUUUUAUAUAUCGUAUUCAGUUUUACUUAUAUUUAUA